AUGACAACUAAAUAUCCUGAAAUUCCAAAAAAAACUUUUGCAGAUUAUGGACAAAUGUUACAUGGCUUUUGGCCAAAUAAACCAACUUUUACAGAAAAAGAUUAUCCUGAAUUUGAAGGUAAAGUUAUAAUAGUAACAGGAGGUAAUACAGGAGUUGGUUAUGAAACAGUCAAAUCAUUAGCUGGUUCAACUAAAGCCAAAAUAUAUAUUUUUUCAAGAAAUGAAGAAAAAACAUUAAAAGCUAUUAAAGAUAUUGAAUUAGAAGUUGCAAAAGAAUAUAAAUUAAAACCUAAUCCAAUUGGAUUUAUUCAAACAGAUCUUAGCGAUUUAACAACUAUAAAACCAGCUGUUGAAAAAUUUUUAAAUAAGGAAUCUAGAUUAGAUCUCAUUAUUCAUAAUGCAGGAGUAAUGACUCCACCUACUGGAUCAAAAUCUAAACAAGGUUAUGAAUUACAAUUAGGUACAAAUGUAUUAGGUCCAUUUUUAUUACAAAGAUUAUUAGAUCCAAUUUUCAUUAAAACAGCUAAAACUAAUCCACCUGGAGUUUCAAGAAUAGUUUGGGUUGCUUCAACUGCUCAUCAAGUUGCUCCAAAAGGUGGAAUUUUUUGGGAAGAUAAAAAUUUUGAAAAUAUUCCAAUUUCUUCAACUAUUAGAAUGCAAAUAUAUGGACAAAGUAAAGCAGCAGAUAUAUUAUUAGCUAAAGCAUGGACAAGACAUCAUCCAAAUGUUAAAGAUGAUGUAAUUAGUACUUCAGUUUGUCCUGGAUAUUUAAAAACUGAAUUAUCAAGACAUUCAAGUUGGUUUGAAUCUUUUAUACUUAAUCGAGUAACAUGGCCAAGAAGAUUUGGUGCAUAUACAGAAUUAUAUGCUGCUUUUUCUCCUGAUGUUAAAGAUGGAGAUUAUAGUAUUUCAUUUGGAGUACCAGCUCAUACUAGAGAAGAUUUAAAUUCAGUUGAAUCAGGUGAUAAAUUAUGGAAUUGGUGUGAAAAAGAAACAGAUCCUUAUGUAUAG